UGGGAAUCUAACAUCAAUAUGUUGGUCGAACCCACACGUGUCCACACAUUUCUGCCCAGAAUAAUCAAAAUGUAUAGAAAAUUAAAAGAAACGGAAAUGUAAUUAACAAACACUAAUAUCGCCAUUUUUCAGUGCUUUUUUCUUUUCCGUGUGUGAAAGUGGAGAGUUAGAGAAGUGUGAUUAAAUUUGUUGUGCAGAUUGCGUGUUUGCCACAUGCAGCAGUGAUGAAUUUUCUUUAACAAUUUAAUACAGUUUAUGUUCUUGUACAACAACUAGUCCUCCUCUAAUAUUGCUGACUACUGUUCCGGCUAUGGGCAACUCACAGACAUCAGCAGCAAAGGCAACGAGUGUGGAGGCAGUUGGGGGUGGUGUGACUUCAUCAUCUUCGGCAACAUUUGGUGGUUCAAUAAGAAGUCGUCGUGGCAGUAAAGUAAAAGUUUUUGGCCUUUUGGGUCAAAAAAAGCCAUCGAAAGAAUCCACCACUCCAACGACACCCACAGCAGCAGAUUUACCACAAGAUGGUGCCACAAAUGUUGCAAAUACAUCGAAUGCUGCUGCAACGUCAAAAAAAAACAUCGGUCGUGUAGCAAGCAUCGACGAGGAGGCGGAAUUGCAUCAAAAACAUGACGCAGUUGUACGUCAAUUAGAAUUUGAACAAAUGGAAAUUCACCCACUAACGCCCCCUCAAAGUACGAAUAGCGUAACUGCGCCUGUGGGUUCAACAGCCGAACCAUGCUCAACAACUGAUGAAAUCGAUGACGACGAUGUGGACGACGAGAACAACGGCGAUGAUAUUAACAUUGAUGAUGAUAUUGAUGAUGAUGAGACCGUGGAUGGACAUGAACAAAAUAGAAAUCAAACGCACAUUGGAACAGCAUUCUAUACACCAACAUCAGCCACACAAUUGCCAACUUCCCUGAAAGAAUUAACGGCCAACACAACACUAAUAACAAGAGCAACAGCAGCCGCUGUCACUGUAAAGGAACAACAGAGACCGCUUAGUGAUAUUAGCAUAACUUCUGGUGACACUUCGGGCAUUUUGUCGCCGACAACAGCCAGAGCUAUAUUCGAAUUGCAAAGACGUCAUCAAGCAGACAAGUUAUCCCUGCUGUCCAUAGCUAAAACUACAUAUUUGGUGUUGUUGCCCACUGAUACGGCACCGCCUUCCGAGUCUAGCCCCGAAUUAGAAACCGAAAGUCCUGAUGAACAAAUGGCUUUGCAUCUGGGCAAGAAACUGGCACAAGUGCUGAGUGGGAAUAGUGGCAGCGGCUCUGGCAAUGCAAACUCCAAUAUUGGUAGUGGUGGUGUUGGUGCUGCAGGCACACCUGGUUCACCGAUGCAAGAUAAUAUUACAUGUUGCAAUGCAAUUACCGGCACCAAUGAACUGUUUAAUAUUGCCAAGGCAAAAAAGAUUGAAUUGCCGAGUUUAUCAUCACGUUUGGUGGCAACUGCACCACCAACACCAACCUCCAUUGAGGCCCAAACAACAACGCAUUCAAAUGCUUCAACGGAUGCCAAACAUUUGCCAACUUUACAAUCACCAAACCUGCCAACGAACACUACUUCAGCUUCUACGAACAAUACAACACCAACAACAACGGAAACUCAAUCAACCGUUAUAAUUUCAUUUAAAUCAUCCCAAACACCUGUUCAAUCUCAGACACCAUUUGCAAUUGCCGGAGCAUUCGAACAUCAGCAACAUCACUAUCACCAGCACCAGCAGUUAGAACAACAGUAUUCCACUGCAGCCAUUUCUACUCCUUCACACAAUGACGACACGAUAACAGAAACAAUGACACACACGCCAACAGCCUCACUGGCAAACAGCAGCCACAUUAGUACGACCGCCCAAAUGGGUUCUCCAAUCUGUACUCCGAGAACUCCCAAAAACAAUGUACUGAAAAAAGUAGCAUCUUUCACACUUGAAAAAUCAGCGGGUGGCAGUGCUAAUAAUAAAAUCAAUAAUGGUGAUCCCUAUUCGGGCAUGUCAGGACAACUGGAAAAUGUCGGCUCGAAACGUUCAACGUUUGUGCCAGAAAAGUUAAGCUUCGCUGCAUAUGAAAAGUUUGAAGGUCAAAUGCUGAUGAAAUGGUUCAUAUCGUCGCUACAAAACAAUUGCAAUCAUUUGAGUGAACAGGAUAUUAGUAUGUUGACACUUCAAUAUUGCAAUAAUUUAAUCAAUGUGGGUGUUCUGAAGCAAAUUUCCGAGAAAAAUGAUUUGGAAACAUUCAAGCCAUUCCAAAUGUACCAAUGGACACAUACUGAAGCGCCCACAACUUCACAACCACACACACCCGGUAAAUUAGAUAAAGUCACCUCAUGGCCGUACUGUAGUACCCCCACUUCGGCAAUAUCACGUAUACCAAAAGCCAUUCAAGUAGAGACGACACCACUGUCUGAUAGAGACAGUGGUUUUAUGCAGCUACUAAGGAAACGGCUUUUAACUUGUUCCACCAUAGCAGAGGUACAUGUUGUGGUCAAUGACAUGUUGUCGGUGGGAGAACCUUUAAGACGACCAUCAAAACGUUGUGUGCUAUUGACAGAUCUAUUAAAUGCCAGUGAAGCGACAGUAUAUCAAUAUGACAAGAACAAUACAGACGCUAGUUCCGGCUGCGAAAGUGGAGUUCAGGAGGCUGGAGUACAAACCGAAGACGUGUCGCAGGCGAUAACGGAGUUUGUAUGCAGCAAAUGUAAAGAUAACAAAGAGAAUUCAGAGAUAUUGAGGUGUGAUAAAGAAAUUCAGGUUUCGCUAAAUGGCAUAACUUGUGAAAAUAAAUUAAAUGAACUGAAUCCCGCAAUACCGCCACCUCCUCCACCAAUUGGGAGUCUAGCUGCACCACCGCCUCCUCCUCCUCCUCCACCACCUCCUUUCAUGGCUCCUCCGCCGCCUCCACCACCACCAUCCUCAACAUCAGUUUUACCGCCUCCACCACCUCCUCCUCCACCAUGUAUGGCUGGACCACCACCUCCACCGCCGCCUGGAUCCUCAUUAACUUCUACGGCACUUACGCUCAAUACAUCAGCAGUUCCUCCGCCACCGCCGCCUGGAGCACCUAAAGCCCCAACAACAACGACGCCAGCCCCUCUACCAAAUCCAGCUGAAGGAGGAUGGUUCAAUCAAGCAAAUAUAAUUGCUCCAACUGCCCCCAAUUUAGCGCUACGGAAGACUGCCGUUAAUCCUCCGAAGCCCAUGAAACCUCUCUACUGGACACGUAUAGUAACGCAGCCUCCUCCACCAAAGCCCAUUGCUCUAAUAGCUGCUGCCACUGGUGACACCACUGACUCCUCAACUCCCAGCACAUCUCCAGAUGAGCCGAUUACUUCCGAUUCGCCCUCAGCUCCUAAAGAGAUUUGGCAAGAAAUAGAUGAAACCAAUCUCGAUAAUAUUGAUGAGUUUACUGAACUAUUCUCACGAGAAGCGGUAGUACCCAGAGUAGUACCCAAAAUAAAGACCGAGGUGCGUAUAAGACCAAUUAAAGUACUCGACAGCAAAAGAUCGCAAAAUGUGGGAAUUCUACUGCGAAGUUCUCACGUCGACUUUUGUGAAAUCGAGCAUGCUAUCUACCACGUUGACACUUCUGUCGUUAGUCUGGAGACUCUACAGCAAAUCAAUAAGAAUAAAGCAACCAAUGAUGAGCUAGAACGCAUCAGGGAACAAGGAGACACACCUCUAGAUGAACCCGAACAGUUCCUAUUAAAAAUCUCGCAUAUAUCUAUGUUCACCGAACGCAUAUCGUGCAUGGUAUUUAUGGCUGAAUUCGAAGAGACUGCCACUGCUAUAGAAAGGAAAUUGGAGGUUGUCAUGCAAUUGUCUCAAUUUCUAGUCGAGAGCGAAGAGCUGAAAUUAAUAUUUGCAAUUAUUCUAACUUUGGGCAAUUAUAUGAAUGGCGGCAAUCGUCAGCGCGGCCAAGCCGAUGGUUUCACUUUGGAAAUUUUAAGCAAAUUAAAGGAUGUUAAAUCCAAGGACUCUCAAACUACUCUAUUGCACUUCAUAGUCCGAACAUAUAUUGGUAGGAAACGAAAAGAAGGGGUACAGUUAUUGGAAAUACCUUUGCCAAUACCGGAACCUUCGGAUGUGGAGAGAGCUACCCAAGUGGACUUUGAUGAGGUCAAAGGACAAAUUACAAAAUUAAGUGAUCAAUUAAACGCUAAGAUACGAACUACAGACAAAGUCAUCAUACAUUCGACUGCCGAAAAUACGGAACCAUUUAAAUCAAAAAUGGAAGAAUUUGUAAUAAAUGCUUCCAAAGAAAUUGACAAACUCUUUAAGGAACUGGAUGAUUGUCGCGAAGUAUUUAUAGAGACUAUGAAAUUUUAUCAUUACGCACCCAAGUCAGGUACUUUGGAACAAUGUACACCAAAUAAAUUCUUCGAACACUGGACCAAUUUUACAAAUGAUUUUAAGGACAUCAUGAAAAAAGAAAUCGCUGUACUAUGGAAUGAAUUGUUGAAAAAGUCUAAAGAUGUACAAACGCGCAAAACAGUUAAAACUACAAAAGUAAAACCGGGUGGCCUAAAAGAACGUAUUAUGCGUCUUAAUAAAAAAUAAAAUCGUUGUUAAUUAUUUCCAGAUACAUACUGAGUAUUUUAUCAACACUUUUAUAAAUUUUAUCAAUUAAUUGCCUUAGAAAAACAAAAGAAAUUAACGAAAUGAAGCACAUUUUACUUAUCCUCCUCAAUUAUUGUCCGGCGAUGGAUCGAUGGAUAAAUGAAGGAUGGAUGCUGAGUACAGAUCAAUGAAACUGCGUUAUUAAUGUUUAAGUUAAAUUAUUUUCGAGAUUUUUCGACGAAAUCACUUCAAAAUAAAAUGUUCUAUUUUUUGUAUUUUUUUUAUUUAGAGCAUUUAAUGGUUGUUAUUCCCCUAAAAACAAAAAUUUUGUAUUUAUUUCUAUUGCUUUACUCUUUAUAUAAAAAAAUCGCUGAAAUAAAAGAAUAUUUAAGUUAAAAAUA